ACGACAAGUUAUUACAAUCCGAACUCAUCUUGACCCUUAUUCAAGGUAUACGUACCACAACUCAUAACACCCACUCUUGAACACUUUCUUCAAAUGGCUGAACGUAUUGUGGCUGUUUUCGGCGCAACUGGCACGCAGGGUUCUUCGGUUAUGGAUGCUCUCCUUGCUGAUGGAACUUUCAAGCCUCGAGCAAUCACACGAAACCCUUUAUCUGAUGCAGCACAAGCCCUCAAAAAUAGGGGUGCGGAGGUUGUUCAAGCUAAUCUUUUGGAUGCCGACUCAGUCAAGAGAGCCAUUUCCGGCUGCGAGUGCGUCUUUGGUGUAACCGAUUACGGGGAUGCAGCCGCCCGGGCACAGGGCGUUAACACCGAAGAGAAGAUUGGAAAGUCACUGGUCGACUCUGCUAAGGAGGUCGGUGUCCGUUUCUUUGUCUGGAGCUCUCUGCCGAACCUUACCAAAGUUACAGGGGGGAAAUAUUGUCAUGCCUAUCAUUUUGACAACAAAGCCAAUGUCGAAGAUUAUCUUAAGGAAUCUGGGCUCCCCAACGCUACCCUUCGUACUGGAUUCUUUGCGGAGAACACUUGGAAGACUCACUGUCUACGCAAGUCUGAUUCAGGGUUUGAGCUCACGAUGCCACUGCAGAGCGAAAGCACCCCCCUCCAGUUUACAUGGAUCGGCCAUGAUCUCGGCCCCUCCGUGCUCAUUCUUCUCAAAAAUUAUCAAUCACGCCAAGAUGAAAUAUUGGGCCAAACCUUCCACUUAAUUUCAGAAAACGUAACGUUCGGUAAUUUUGCUCAAGCCUUGGAAAAUGCAUUCGGCGUACCGGUCAAAUUCAAAACGGCUCCUAAGACGGGGUUGCUUGAAAUAGAUGACAUGCUUGAGGUAAUCGCUGGUAUGGGUAUGUACGGUGAUGUCGAGAUCCCUGACUCUCGUCUCUUGAAACUUGGUCUCAAAUUCGGUACACCCCAAGAGUUUGCGGAGUCGGUGAAGUCGAGGUUUUUGUAGAUGCAAGUCUUGUUGCUCGUAGCAUUGGCGUGUGAAGCUUCGGAAAUGAAUGUCCAACUGUCACGCUAUUUG